UUCUCAGAGCUAAACGAUUUUAAUCUCUUCCCCUUCCUUUUUUGAGAUCAAUUUUACUCUCUCUUGCCAAGUCACAGGAUGGAAGAGGUGGACUGUUUCAGGAGAGAUAGCAUAGACAGUUUGCUUUCCUUGAAACAAAGAAAACAAAAAUUGCCGAAGAAAGUGCACUAAAUUAAGAGAACCAUAGAUAUGGUCUGCUUGCACUUACCCUAUCUAUGUGUGUGUUUGCGUCCUUAACUCCUGGUGGAGUUGUUGGGGUGCCGUCAUUUUACUUUGGUGAUUGCUCAUCACAUGGAGUGUCUUGGGCAUCUGAAGUCUGGCACAGCCCAUCCCUCUCCAGCUUUUUUGGAUCUGGAUUCGAACUCGGGAGCCUUCUCUCUGAAGUCCAGCACUGAUGCCACUAAACCACCAGCCAGCCUACCCUAUCUAUACUUCACGUAAUUUUGUGUAGCUCUAUCAAAUCUCCCCUCAUUCUCUUAUGCUGCAGGGAAUCAAGUCUGAAACUUUAACCACAGUCGAAGUGUCUGAAACUAGCAGGCAUUGGUUUAAGGUUAGAAGAGGAUCUGAAGAAGAAUUUCCAAUUACCAAUUUUUAUCAAUGCACCAUUGAAACCAUGCUGCCUUGGUAUGCCAACUGUUCUGCAGGUCAACACAAGAAACCAGAGAGUGUGGAUGUGGUGAACUAUGUGCCUGUCUGGACAUGCCCCCUGCUGACUGCUCCUGUGGCUCCUCCCACAGGCCCCUGUAUAAAGGCAAUCUGAGGCCUGACGCUCGGCCUCAGUCUCCAGGACAUUGUAUGAUGGACACUCACUCCUGGUUCCUUCUUCCAGUCAAUAAAAGCCGAUAUCUCGCCUUACGUCUCAGUGUGAGUUAUUGAUGGUGCAUCAGUGGACAAAACUCAUCACAUCACAGAAAGCAGCCUCCUCCACCAUGGAUUCUGUCUCUCAUUCUCUUCGCCUUGGUAGAGCAACCAGUAUUAUCAAAGACCCAAUCCACCCCGGACAGUCUCCCUUCUGCUCUCUUCCAUUGGACAGAAGAUACAAAGGCCUGAACUCCAGGUUCAAGGACAGGUUCAAGAGUGCAACGUCUUUUCCACUCUCCCACACAGGUGUUGUGUCAUGGUCGGAUGUGAUGGGCAACCACCACCACCAUCAUUUCAACGCAAUGUGCAAAAAUGUGGUCUGUAUGAACAGUAUGCAAGACCAGAUUUUCACUGUAUCGCAGUAAAUGUGACAAUAAAAACAAAAACAAUUCUAUGUAUGUUUUUUAACCCGAGGUGAUUGAAAUCUGGAACACAAUCCCUAAGAAGCUGGUUGAAACUGAUAUUCACACAGCAUUUAAGAAGCAUCAAGACAAGCAUUUGAAUCACUAAGGCAAGGAGAAACUGGGGCACCUGGAGGAAACCCAUGCGGUCACAGGGAGAAUGCAUGAACUCUUUACAGACGGUGGCGGAAAUCGAACCCCAAUCAGCAAUUGCUGGCACGAUUCUACCACUCAGCUGUGACUGGACAAUUCUCCGAGCAGCCCUCGCGCCUUCGGGAUGUGAGAGGAAUCCAGAAGACCCAGUGAAACCCACACAGCGGAAUGAAGAAGGGGCAGCGUCGAGCAUGGGCUCAAGGAUUGGGGAUGUGAACUGAGGUCAGAUGUGUCUGAUGAGACCAGUAACAAUGAGCCUUUCAGCCUCCACCCAUGAAGUAAGCCUCCAAACAUUUGAAAGAAUAUCCUCUCGUGGAGGUAGUGUGUGGUCACUCGAGUCUCCUCCGAAGGGAUUGUCCAUUGUUAAGCCUCAGGCACCAGUAGAGGCCGAUCCGGGAUCCACAUAGUCUGGUGCAGUGUAGGCGAGAGUAAGUCAAGGCUAUGGUUCUGGAGAUGGAUGGGGCGGAAUACAUAACUAAGGUGCUUUCAAGGAUUCGAAUGGUUGAUUUCCCCGAGUUGUUGAAGACCUGGGAUCUUCUGUCCGAAGAACAACUUCAAAGUGUAGAUUUCAACAGCAGCACAAAAAAAGAUGUGAUUUUGCAGUUAGCUACACUUUGUGAGGAAAAUGGUGUAACCCUCAAACAAGUGGCAGAUUUAGAUAUUAUUUGUAAUUGUGCAUUCCCUAAGAAGAGAAGAUGGUGUACCUACCAAAUGUUUAGUUCAAAAGAUGCAGAAGAAGCCAAGUUAUUUGACUUGCAAGUCUUCAGAGAGACCUUUGGAAGAAAUCUUGAAAUGCUCAUGAGAAAUGUCAUGAUUAACAUCUUAGAACAUGAGGAAGCAGUCUGGAUCAGAAUUGCUUGGGGUAAACAUCAUUCCCCACCUAACCAGCAAAGACCUUCGUACGUAGUCUACUACCCACAGACUCCAUAUGUUUUCAUGUCUAGCCUUGCUGCACAGUACAGAGUGUAUGUUUCUCAGGCUUUGGUUCUUGCAACUGAACAUAACAUGCUCAAGGAGCUGGAUCUUCGAGGCUAUUGCUUGAACUCCCUCCGAGACAUAGCUCUUAAAAGAUAUAAUCCGAAACUUUCUGCACAUUACAGAAAACCUUUACAACAGCUGAACUCCAACCAGAAUUCUGUAGCUCAAGAUCAGAGGAUCACUGUAGAAAAUUUGAGAGAGAAAGAAGAGGCCAAGAAAUUAACAGCAGUAGUAUUUGGAGAAGGAUCAUUACCAAAACUACAGGAGGUUCAAUACAGGUUACAAACAGUCUUUAAGAAUGAACACAACAUGGGACUUUUAUCAGAUAGAAAUAAACCAUUCCGAUGUGUGGCAAAAUUUUCCGGUCCGAAUAUUCUUGAAUCGUUGAGAGCACUACCAGAAUUGGGGAUUGCUGAUGUCCCCAUUUCAACUAUGUUCAGCAGUAUUGCAGAAAAGGGGAAGAAUUACUUCAAGAUCACAGACAAAAGGACUGUUGGGCAUAAUACAUCAGCCCUUUAACUCUGUAGUACAAAUCAAAGGGUAUUAUGUAAAUAUUUGUAUGUUUCCUAUGGAAAAAUCUUUCUGCUCCUGUGUUUAUAAUGUACCUUUUGGAUACCCCUGAUAUGCUAACCAAAACUUUGCAUAGACUGAAUGGUGUGGCAUUGUGAGCAUCUUGAAAUGAAUUCCAUUAACCAGACAAAACCUUUAACAGAUUUAUUGACAUGAUGCUUCUUGGUAUGCUCGUUUAUUAUUUACAAGCAGUGCUAUUUUACCCCCCCUCCAACUUUUGGAAGGCGGUGGUGGGGUUCUCUGUGUGAGCACGGUGGGAGAGAUAACUGAGAUUAGCAGUUAAUAGCUCAUUGAAAUAACUCUUUGGACUUGUAGGUGUGUAACAGCACUUGUUCCAGUAUCUCGGGGCUAUCAUCAUGUGAGAUAUAACAUUGUCAAAGGAGUUUUAAAAAUAAAAUACUGACAAAACUUCA